AUGCUGCCUAUUUGCAGUGCUCGUUUGAACCUUCUCCUUUCCUCCCAGAACCUUCAGCAUCAUUUGCCCACCCUGCAAUUUAAUUUUGACUGUGGAUUUGGUUUUAUGAGCAUCUGUAACUUUAUCACAUGUGGUGUCAUGACAUCAAUAACAUCAUGUGAGAUCACAAGAGCCAACAUCAGAGUCCUGGUGAGUCAGAGGACCAUGAAACCAAAGGAAUAAAGAGGAAAUGGUACCAAGAAGAACAGGAUUUGAGGGCAGUGCUAAGCCAUCACUUGCCCAUGUGGGCAUAUAGGGAUGAAAUAAGUGCUGUAUAUAAAACAGGCAUGAAGACUCUUUGGCCCUCCAGAUGUUGCUGAGCUGUCAUGGACUGGCCAGAUGCAAAGGACUGGUGGGAGGCACCAGCUGGAGAACCCCCAAGGGAACCUCCAGAGGAAGAAGGCUCAGAGCCAAGGGAUUGGUGGUGGGAAGACGAUGAGUGGUCAGAGGAAGAAGACUGGGAGAAGACUGGGAGGAGGAUGUAUCGGCAGCAGAAGAGGCAACAGGGCUUAGUGAGCAGGAAUGAACUGGGGCAGAGAGCAGUCCUGAUUCAGAGGCUGGAGAGGAGGUGGGGCAGGAGACAGAGUUGAAACAGGCUGCUGAAGAAUCCAAGGAGUCUCCCCUUCCUGGUGUGACCAGCUCCCCUCCCCUCCUGGUCUACCAGAACCCAAAGAGGUAUGAAGAGAGCAGAGCAAAGAGAGACAAGACAAAGGAGCCUCAGGUUGCUGGGGGAGGAGGAAUCUUAGAGAGUGGUGGGAAGGCAGAGACCUUCAGUCCUCACAACUGCCUCACUGGGGCAAGACCUACUGAGAACAGUUGCUGCACUAGGCCUGCACUGUUUUGGGUUCUUUGAAUAAAGAGUUAACUUCACUAACACCAAGUGUUUUGUUGCUGACCUGCUCCGGAAUGCAGCUCCGGACAACUACAACUUCCAUCAUCCCUAGUCAUUGGGCCAAGCUUUCUGGGAGUUGUAGUUCAGCAGCUGGAGAGUCAAAGGUUCCUCACACCCGAUCUCAAGAAAAACAUCUCAAGAUUCUUAAGCUCUGACCAAGCAAUUCUCCCUUUACAGAUGGGUACUGACUUUUGUCUUAUAAAACCUGAAGGCAAGAGAUCCUGUUCUGGUCCUUCCUGCCCCAUUGCCCCCCCCCCCCCCGCUGCCGUGCUAAGAGCAGCCGUGAGUGGGUUGUUUACAUUAGGACCAUGGGCAUAGCUGUCAACCUUUCCUUUUUCUUGCAAGGAAUCCUAUUCGGAAUAAGGGAAUUUCCCUUAAAAAAAGGAAAACAUUGACAGCUAUGACCAUGGGAAGAACCCCUUUCCCCACAAAAAUCACACCCCAGUCUUCUAAGCAGUCUCACUGGGAUCGCCUGUGCUAUGUAUCAGUUUCGGUUAGGCUAUCAGAAGGGAAAGAACUGCAGUUUGAACAGGGGAUUAUCAACGCUACUCUAAAUAUAAAAGGAUAACGACCUUGUUAAGCUUCCAGCUUCCAGUGCCUGUUACCUAACCCUUGCAUAAUGUUCUAAUCUCACAUGUCCCAUUUUGUUUUUUUAUGGGCACAACUGUCUCUGUAGGCUGUGAACAAGGACAGUGGGCUUUGAAGGACUGUGGCUGUAAGUAGUGGGGUUGUUCCUACCCAAUUUUACAGCCAUUUUACAGGGGUUUCGUUCUACAAAAAUCCCACUGACGGUCACAGAAUGUGCACCCGAAUGUGGCAGGGAAAGCGGUAGCUCUUUCUGGGAUUGUCCUUUAUACACACAUUCUACGAUAUAUUGCAUCCAGUUGCAAGAUGGUGCAUAUUCCAUGAUGCUGCAGUCCUACUGGUGCAAGGUGCAAAUAUUUCGCCAUCCUGGGAAGCUAGUAAAGGAAAGUUGAUACCUUCUUUCUCUUGCAUGAAGAAUUCUCCAACAUAGACGCCUCCUCUCUGCAUAUCUCCCAGCCCCCUGUAUAUGGAUUGGAUCAUCCCUCGAGUUUUUAGCCCUCAAGGAUGUAACAAUAAGCUUGGAAGUCUAUGGGCAAUACUUGAUGGAAGAUCAGGAUUCCAUUCGGAUGGCAUGAAAGCCUUCUGAGCAUAUGGACAUGUUGUUGCCACCUUGUGGUCAAAAGGCAGAAUUUGGAGUUUCUGUCAGAAUUCUGUAGUGCUGUGGGCUUAUCCACACUUCUCUCCUGCUGCUUCCCCCUACCUCCUGGGGAAAACCAUUGCCUUUUUUUUUUAAUGUAUCACUAAAGAGUGGGUUUUCCCUUGGAAAGGAGCGGGGCAAGGAGAAGACUGCUUGACCCUGUGCUUUUUAGGCAGAAGUGUGGACAAGCCCUGUGCCCAAAAAUUAUCAUGUCUUUCUCUCUCCUCGUCAUUCUCCAUCAGGCUAGGGAUGAUGGGAGCUGUAGUCUAAAAACAUCUGGAAGGCGCCAGAUUGGGGGAGGAACAGCCUCUUACCUGAAGGUUCCUGGAAUGGAAGCCCCAGAAGAGGUCUCAGAGCACAGAAGGGAUUGUUAUCUUCAUGAAACCACAGCUGUAGAAAGUCUCUGAACAAAGAACAUUGAAUCAGAUAUAAAGAUCUGGCACUCAAGAAUGUGCUUCAGGCCCUGCACACAUUCUGCUCUUCCUCCUUUCUGUGUUUGCAAUAACCAUAGUUUGCCUCAGGCUCCCAACCAUCGUUUCAAAUCAUGCUCCGAGAUUGAGAAAAAAAAUGUAUAAGACUGAGCUGCUUGUUUGUUUGUUUGUUACAGGAAUAAGGUCCUCUUGGAUAGGCAUACAUCGUACUAGGAAUUAUUGUACUUCAAAUGACUCCAUUUUCUUUUCCUAAUGUUUCUGUGAUUGUCUGCAUCUUUUUUUUCAUUUUGGCACAUCUGGGUGUUUAUAUAGGAUGCUUUGAUGCCAUUGUACCACAUGCCAUUGGAUGUCAUGUUAGUAUACAAGUCUAAUAUAGUUUGAUAGUCUAUUUUCAAGGGUUGAGUUUUUUCUCUUUUUUUGGUCACUUAGUGCAUAUGUAUCUUCAACUUCAAAGGAUGUACUGUUGCAUGCUUUCUGGCCCAGUGAGAUCACCCUCAUCUCCUUAAAUGUAAUUAUAUAAAAGACAGACUUAUAUAGUGCACUUGUAUAAAUACCGAAAAAUCCCCAGUAAUGUCCUUCAUGAAUUUGGCUCAACCUCCUAUUUAGCCAGGCAUGUUAAUAGCCUUGUAAGCACUAAAUAUUUAUUUAUUUUUACAGAUUACUGUACUGAAAAUAUGUAGUUAUAAUUUGAAUAUGCAGUUGUGAGAUUCUGGAGAACUAAUUUGUUUCAAUGCCUUUGUCCAGAACCAGGUUUAUCAGACUAAUGAAAGAGGACCAGGAAGGUUUGGAAGGCUAUAUAAAAUGGGUGACAUCCAGCAUAGCAUAGGUAAGGAUCCACUUGUGCAAUGCAGUUUUGGCUUCAUCUCCCCGCCCCCCCCAAGCCCUCUCACACCCGCAGAGUUGCUAAUGAUGGUUGGGGGGCCUCUAAUUUUGAGGUUGAGGGGUUGUUGCAGGGAGAGCAGAAAUCCCAUUGCACAAGUAGGUGGACAGCAUUGGGAGUCACCCUAUGUAUCAAUAAACUUGGUUGACAUGAUACAGCUUAACGAUCCUUGCAGAAAACUGUAAUUAUUCUCCAGGAAAGGCGCAAGAAAUUGUUCAGCACCGUUUCCCAUGUUUACCUAUAUCUAUAGGGACAGACUUAAUAGAACCUCAAAGAUGUUCUAUUGUGGAUAAACCCUCAAAGAGACUUUUUCAUUAUAGUGAAUUGAGCGGAACCAUAGUGGAACCCAAAUUAUUCAUUUGUGUUUGUUUUUUUACACCAAGAGGUGGCUUCCUUUUUUACAUAUCAAGAAGUGCUAUUUGUUUUUGUCCAUACUUUGAAUUGUCCAGUCCUGCACUAGUGCUCAGUGACAAAUGAAUUCCUUCCCCAUCUAACCCCUGCCCUUUUCUGUUUUGGAAUUUAUUCAUUUUCAGCAAAUUUUUGUUUGUUUUUGUCAUGAUGCUGGAUAAUGAUGUAGUUGUUGCAAGCGCUGGGGUGCAACUCAGCUUGUAUUGAAGACUGGUGGGGCUGAAUGGGGAGAAAGCAUAUAGAGAAAUGAACCUCCAGGCGUCCUAGACUGUCCCUAUAACCUCUGUUAACGUUCCCCAGGGAUGGGCUUUGGUACCACAGCAGGCUGAACAAGAUUAAAAUUUGGUGCCCCUCCCUAAAAUUUCUUAUUUUCACAAUAAUUCCUUUUAGUACAGUUGCUUUUCAUGAAUUUCAGUAGAUACACAUAUAAAAAUAGGUUUUAUAAUAAUAAUUUUGUGCUCUCUUAGCUUGGCACCCUGUGGGGGGGGUUUGCCUGCACGGCCCUAAAUCUGCUGCUGCCUUCUCUCAGGUGUUAGACUGAUACUUUCAGGGGGGGGGGUCAUCACACUUCUUUUUUUCCUGUGGUUUCUAGGCCCAGGUUAAUGAUUUCUAGCCAUAGGUCCAAGUGGGGUUUUGUUUUUUGUCCUGAUCCUUUCCCUGGGAAAACCCACUGUUUACCGCUGAACUGGAACAAACAUCAAUCAGGUUCUGAGUCUAAAGGGUUGUGACACAGAAAAUUAAGCUAGCUUGUUUUCUCCUGCUCCAGGGGGUAGGACCCAAACCGAUGGGUUCAAAUUAAAAGGAAGGAUAUUCUGACUAAACAUCAGGAAGUGGAAUGUUAGACAGUGGAAUGGAUUCCUUUGGAAGGUAGUCAACUCUCCCCUUUUUAAGCAAAAGUUGGAUGGUGAUCUGUCAUGGAUGCUUUAGGUAAAAUUCCUGUAUUGCAGAGGGUUGGGCUAGAUCCUCACGGUCUCUUCCAGCUCUACAAUUCUGUGAUUUUAUGUGGCACAAAUGGAAUGAAGGGUGUGCUGAUCUCAUUUCCUAUUCCACCCUCCUUCAUCAUCCCCUUGGGUUGAGGAAAUAUCUUUGUUUGUGUCUCCUGCCGAGAACAACAGGCAUCCUCUUUAGAUAGAACUAGGAUCCUCUUUAUCACACUUGUAUUUCCUUUAAUAAAUUCAGCUUUCUUAUUUUCCAAACGGAGAGUCUAAGUGAGAUUGCAUCUAUAAAUAAAGUGUGCUCCUCCAGCAGAGAUUCAGUGUUCAGUUCAGGCUUCUGCUGAUGCAUCCAAAUUCCAUCAGUAACAGCAUCCUGUUUUGUUGUGUAACAUCUUACUAGUUUGGGUGCCUAUUUUAUGUCUCGUUCGAGUGAAAUUAGACAUUUGUUCUGUCAACCCAUCAAGGCGGCAUCCCUAUGACUUUCCAGAGCUCCCCCAACACACGUGUUUUAUUUUGGAAAGGGGAGCUAAGUGUGAAAAUUUUACACAAAAGCAGCAGGCCCUCUGUGCUAUGAGGAACCUUGGUCAAAUGGAAUUCCCAAAAGUGUAGAGAGCAGAGGCUAGGAGGCAAAGUUGGCUGGUGCAGUAGGCUGGUGGAUGUGGCUUCACUACCCACUCCAUGUGAACAUGUGAAGAAGGUUCCUCCAGAAAUGAGAGAAACCUAAAGCAAAACUAUAUGGUAUCUGUGCUGAAUGGAAACAUCCUUCCUGGUCUUCUGAAUCAUUUAGUUCAUUCAGCAUAGCUUUUGAACACAAAAUCAGCUGCCAUCAAACAUUUUGAAAAGAAAUGAAUCUGUCAUUAAUAAGGAUGAAUUUCAUAGAAUAGUAGAGUUGAAAGGGACCCCAAGGGUCAUCUAUAGUCUAAUCCCCUGCAAUGCAGGAAUCUCAACUAGAUCAUCCAUGACAGAUGGCCAGCCAACCUCUGCUUAAAAAACUCCAAGACAUGCCAUGCCAUCUAGACUGUGUCACCUAUAAUGGACCGCAGUGUGGACCGCUGAGGAGAAUGUGUGGAAGGAAACAGCAAUGCAUUGGAACUGUGGUGAUCAACAGGGCUGAAUCAAGCACCCCAGGUGGAUGUACUGUCUAAGAAAGGUCUGCAGGUGGUCAUAACAUAAAGGCAAGGGUAGAGUCCACAGCAAAGAACACUGUCACUCACACCAAAGGGCGGGAAUAAUCCAUAGGAAACUACAGUGUUGCUUUACUUACUGCUUAUCUGUUUUUAAUGCUUAUCACUUCUUUCCAAUCAUAUACUGCAACAAUGACAUGUGAGAGAUCUGUAACUGUUUGCUGUUGUUUUUUAUUGUACGGCAAUUCGCAAAAUAAAAAAGGCGGCAAUUGCUCAGUGAAUGGAAAAGGGAGCAAUGUAUUUUAAACUGAUAUACUGGAGCAGUGAUUUAACCCAGAAUUUCAAGAGUUUAUAUAGAUCAGAAAUAGGAAACCUGCCCCGCCUCCAUCCCCCAAAUAUUGUUGAAACUUUGUCAGACCAAUGGUAAGGGAUGGUGGCUGAAAACGGUAUCCCUGUGUCUGCCUCCACCCAUUAGUAAAAUCUCGUUCAGCAUAUCACAGGGUGGAAGUUGUAGUUCAACAACAUCUGGAGACAUAGUCUGAUCUAGAUGGUAUAGCCUGCUGGCCCCAUCUGCCAUUUAUUCUUUGUGGAACAUGCUGCUCAAAGACAUGAGUGAGAUACCCAGUCCACACAAAACAGAUGUUUUGGCAUUUACUCACUUUCAGCCAUCUUAAAAAUGCUGUUUCUUUUUGCGACUCAGCUGAUAUUAAAGAAGGGUAGGGCGAGGAGAUUCUCUGUCUGAAACUCUGGAGAGCUGCUAGGCAAUCCUGAGCUAGAUGCACCAAUGGUCUGCUUUGGUAUAAGGCACCUUCCUGUGUUCCAUUCAUAUUGCCCACUGUGCAUUCAAAGAGUGUGUGUGUGUGUGUGUGUGUGUGUGUGUGAUAAAGCUAUGUGGGGUAAUCUUGCCCUCACUGCCAAUGCAUUCAACGGCCAUGCCCCCUUGCCAUCUGUGUGUCUGGAUUCUCUGGAAAGCAUGACGUACACACAUUGAACCAUUAUCCCCUCUCUAUGUAGGAGAUCUCUACGUGCACCAAACAUAAAAGCUUGUAGAUCCCUUUCUCAUGUGCACCAAACACAUGGAUGGGGGGAAGGCUUGAUAUGUGGCCUUGUGAUACACAGCCACACCCAUUAAGAUAUGUGUGCUCCCAACCUCUGCAUAACAAGGUGAGGAAACACUGGCUGGUGACAUCAGGACACAGGCUAAGGGACUUGACACAGGUCUGCCAUUUUUGCAACGGACAGUUCUAUUCCACCCAGUGGCAUUUCUGUGGUUCAUCGUUUUUUCUUUUUCAGACUCUAUGGACACUCUGAAGCAGUAGUACACAGAGAGAAAUCAUCCUUUAUCAAAUAAAAAAAAUCAAUGCAAAUAAAUUGCCAUCGUAUAACUUUCUUUUUUUUAAAAAAAGUCACAAAAUAUUGCAGGCAUGGGGAAGAUGCAGGAAAUAGCAUGGUUCAUCGACAAAGCCAUCAGCAACUACAUUUGACAUGAUGAUGGCAAUAGCAACAACUGUUUUUUUCUCAAAAUUAAAUGUUAUUUCUUGGAGACAAAAUAUUGCAGUGUGAUUGUUUAGAAAAUGUGGUAUCCUUGCAGUAGAACUACCAGAUAUCCGACUCCCAACAACAAAUGAGUAACAAUAGUGCAUUUCUUGUGUGAAAAACCAAUUGCCUAUGAAGUCUCCAAGAACAAAAGGUUGAUCGUUUAUACAAGAAAUAAUCACUGAAGAGGAAAAGAGAGUAUCUUAAUGUCACCAGUUAGGACAUGCCCUUAUGUGUUAAAGCUUUUCUGUAUUGCUUUUGUAUGAACUGAUAUAUUCACAUUUUUUGAAUGCCCUGGGGGGGAUUUCAGUGUAAGAUGCUUUCAGUUAAGCUUGUAUUCUCUUUGCAGCAGACCAGCCCCUUAUUAAUAUUAUUGCCAGAAUAAAUUAAGGGCUAUACAUGCUACAAACUUAUCUUUCUUUCCUUCUUUAGGAUGGGUUUAUCGACUUCUUGGAAUUUAUAGCUGCAAUAAAUCUGGUUAUACGAGGAAAAAUUGACCAAAAAUUGAAAUGGUAUUUUAAACUCUAUGACGCUGAUGGGAAUGGAACUAUUGACAAAAGAGAACUCUUAAGCAUAUUCACGGUAAGGGAAUGGUAUAUGUUAGCAUAUAUUUGCCAUGAAGCGUUUUAUGGGAAAUCAAUUAUUUAAACCUAUUGAUGUUUUGGCUGUAGCUCACUGCCUGUUUCAGUCAUUAUCUGGCUAGACGGUCACUCACGGCUUCUCUUUUGUUCCAGAAAUCAAUGGGAAAGGGGAACAUGGGCCUGCAAUGAGAUCUCCCUGUCCCCACUGUGGUGAAAGAGAGGGAAUUACACAAGGCUGGUGCCAGCACCAGGCAUCCUUAUGUAGCUGUCAGGGCCCACUGCUGAUACCCACACUAGGAGCCUCUGAAUCAUAGCUGUCAACUUUUCCCUUUUCUUGCGAGGAAUCCUAUUUGGAAUAAGGGAAUUUCCCUUUAAAAAAGGAAACGUUGACAGCUAUGCUCUGAACAAAGGUUCUGAACUGGCACUCUCAGCAGCUCCAUGUGGUUGGAUUUAGUUUCCCACAAUGUCCCUUCCCUAGCAUGGCUCUUUAUCAGCCUUCCCCAACCUGGAGCCUACAACUCCCAUCAGCCCCAGCCAGAACUGGGGCAAUGUGAAAAUGUCCUAAGAAAGUACAUUAAGUUGAAAAAAGAGCUCCCUUCCACUUUUGAAAUAUGCUCGGAGUCGAGAGUGGAUUUCAUGCUCUUUAUUCAGCUCAUAGUGGUGAGGAGGAAUGGAAGUUCCCCCACAAUAUCUGCUUUAUAUACAUUAUUUACACAAUGGGCUGCACGUGAUUGGCUAAUCCCGGGAUUCUCCUGUAAGCCAAUCAGGUUGUGGAUUCACUUCCACCUGGAGCUGGAUUGGGUGGCUCCUGUGGACCAAUCAUACAGCUGCAUUGUUCUAGGACUAAUCAGACUGCUGCGUUUUGGAUCCUAUUGUCCUAGGACCAAUCAGACUGCUGCGUUUUGGAUCCUAUUCAACUCAGUACAUAACAACUUUUCCCUUCCAUAAAUUCUGACAAGUACAUCAAGAUUAGAGCGUAAAAUGAGCCGCUGGAUCAAGCCAAUGACUCAUCUUGUUCAGCAUCCUGUUCUCACAGUGGCCGGCCACAUGUUUGUGGGAAGUCUACGAGCUGGACAAGAGCAGCGUUUGAAACUCCCAUUGCUCUAUUAUUAUUUUUUUAAGAAUAUUUUUUUAUUAACCGACCAAUCACAUCAAAUCAAACCAAAUUACAUAAAUUCCAAAUUACAGAGCCGAAUUUUAAAUUUUUGUUGGGGGUACCCAUAUUUCAAGUUCCGAAGGGAUCCAAUCAACUUCUUGCUUCUUACUGCUGUUUUAAUGUCCACAAAUCUAACCUUAUGAUGUUCACAGUACUAUCCAGUCCUUUCUUAUUAUUUUUCCACAUCUCUUGUUGUUAUUUUCAUAUAUUUUUCCUUUCUCUUUGUGACCUCUGAUAGUCUCCGCAAGCUGGUUAGAACAGUUUGUAAUCCUGCGUGGAUAUUAUUUUUUUUAUCCAGUAGCCAUAUCCAGACGUUUUCCAUAUAACAUCACUUCCAUACAUCAAAACAGUCUUAGCAUCAUUAAUCUUCACCGAUCUGCCUCCUUUCUCAAAACCUCUGAGGAGAUUCACUAGGAAUGCAGUCUGAAAACAAAUCCAUUCUUCCUCCCGGCUGUAAAUCCUUUGGCAAGAUGGCGACUCUGAAUUGCUGUGCCAUUCCCAAAAGCUCUUAUUGCUUCUCGGUCUCCAUAAAGCAUACUUUUGGUUAAAGUUUAUCUCCACACAGACCUUAAUCAUCCUGCUUGGGUCAGUUCAACCGACGGUUCUAAUGAGGAGGGGUUCUUGUAAAUCACAUAGAAGGAAAGUAAAAAGGGUCGUCCCCCCCCAUUCAGCCCCAUUGUCAACAUACCCCGCCUUUGGUGUAUCUUCAUCGUAAAAUAUUCCUGUUUCUCCAGCCCGUCGUCUUCUUUCGCAGAGGUCACUUAAAUUAGCAGACUUCACUCCCCUUCUUCACUUGAAAUAUGUGCAUUUGCUUCUUUUGUAAUUAAUUAUUCCAAAUUGCUGCAACUAGUGCGCGAUCAGAGACAGCGUCCAGGAGAGCCGAUGUCCACACGGGGGCAUUCUGCCUAGGGCCCUCACCCCCUUCUUUCGAAUUAGAGGGUGAUUUAUGGGCACAGCAGGCAAGGGCAGUGUUCCCCAUUUCCUUGGGGCAACAAGGGAGGCUGCCUACUCCCAUAACAGCCUCUUAAUUACCCCGUGUGGGUUGGAGAGAUGGUAUUGUUGGCCAUCUUCCAAUGCGCGCCCUAGUGGCCCCCGAAACUCCCAUUGUUCUAGGAGCAUUUUGCAACAGGGAAUUUCAUUAGUGAGAGCAGUUUCUGAGCUCUGGGCGCAGUACUGCACCUAAGAUUUCAGAAUAAAACUGCAAAGAGGAAGGAAAGGAGGGCCUUUUUUCUGCCUCCCCACUACUCUCUGAAGACUGGAGAAGAGACCCUCUUAAGAAUAUUAGGGGGUGGGCAGGACAAGGACUAGACCAUGUGAAAAAUGAACAUAACACUUUAGCUGCAGUUCACUCAUGUUCAGCUUUGUAUUCUUGUUAUAAAAAAGUGUGCCUAGACAUUCUGUUGUUGCCCCCAUAACCUAGGUUUAAGGUGCCAUUUAGCUCCUAGCUUUCAUAUCUCGGUUUCUAACACUAAUGAGCACAACAGUAGCAAAGAUAGAUAAUAGUCAGUAUGACUCGUAGCGUAAAGCCUGUUUUCCUGUGCAAUGUGAAAAAUACCUAUACAUUUUUAUGAUGCCAAGGAUUACGUUUGUGGGUGUGGGUGUAACAUAUGCAGUGCUUUUUUCUGGGGGGACGCAGGGGUACGCAUACCCCUAAACAUUUUGUGAAUCUAAGUCUGGCCUCAUUGAGGGGCAAUAUUUCAAUAUGUGUAGGAAAAUGAGAGUACCCCUAAACAUUUUUUUAAGAAAAAAGCACUAUGUAUGUAUGUAUGUAUGUAUGUAUGUAUGUAUAUGAUGAGAAAAAUUGCUUAAGCUUCCACACCAUGUACAUACAUAUACAAUAAUCUUUACUUUAAAUGAGAUGGAAUAUUCUAAAAGAACAGAUUCUCCAGGGCAGGAUAAAAAUGUAGCUGGGUUUAAGAAUAAUCACGUGUCCCGACAGGAUCUUCAAUGAUAUGCUAAUUGGAUCUAUAAUCCUUUAGGUUCUGUUAUAUUAAUUUAAUUUACAAUCCUCAUUACUGAAGAUUUCCUGGAGAUUAUGCCUGCUCCUGCCACCCACCCCUGUCUCAGAUGCUGAGCGAACCAGCAGCCAUAAAUUCUAUUUGCAUUAUGACAUGCUGACAUGUUUGCAUUUUUUCCAUCCCUUCAGGCCAUUCAAGCGAUCAACGGCAACCAAGAAUUGACUCCAGAAGAAUUCACAAACAUGGUAUUCCAGAAGAUAGAUGUUAACAAUGAUGGUAAGAUUAUAAAAAUUUUCAAGCGUGGGUCCAGUUUGACAGUUGGUUGGGCAGCCAACCUGUCAAUCACUUGGCGUCAUGACGAAAGCAGCUGACCACUUCAAAGGGACUUGCUCUCAGCAGGUGUGGUAUGGAUUCAAACCAUGGCUUCAAACUUACAUUUUUUCUUUGCUGGUCAGCAGGGAAAAACAUGUGCAUUUGAAAGCAGCAUUUGAAUGCAAGCUACACCCGCAAUGAGACUCCAACAGGACUUGCUAACAGGGCCAAUGGUGUUGAGCCCCAUCACAUCAGUUCUAAAUAUGGGAUUUCCUAGUGCUGCCCAUGUCAACAAUGUCUUUAACUGCCCCACACUUUACGUACGUCAGGCAUGGGCAUGAUUUGGGGGAAACAGUGUUGCAGGUCUAUUCAGGGUCCUUUAUUUUAUUUUAUUUUACACAUUUCUAACCCAUCUUUCCUCCAAAGAACAUGGGCUGGAAUACAUGGAAACCCCAUUUUAGCCUCACUUUAAAAAGGUAAAGGGACCCCUGACCAUUAGGUCUAGUCGUGGCCGACUCUGGGGUUGCAGCACUCAUCUUGCUUUAUUGGCCGAGUGAGCCGGCGUACAGCUUCCGGGUCAUGUGGCCAGCAUGACUAAGCCACUUCUGGCGAACCAGAGCAGCACACGGAAACUCUGUUUACCUUCCCACCAGAGUGGUACCUAUUUAUCUACUUGCACUCUGACGUGCUUUCAAGGGUUAAACCACAGAGCCUAGGACUUGCCGAUCAUAAGGUCAGCAGUUCAAAUCCCUGCAACGGGGUGAGCUCACAUUGCUCGGUCCCUGCUCCUGCCAACCUAGCCUCACUUUAGAGGUACUUUUAAAAGGCCAUGUGCGGAACUUUAUAGCUGAGGCCCAAACUAAUGGAAACAUACAAUUACAUGGGUCUUUCUUUUGCCUUUCAAUUAUUUUUUUCAACCAAAGCAUUCUGAGGAAGGCAGGGAUUUGAAGGCAGGCUGCUUCCUCUUUUCCUCUCUGCUUAUUUUUCUGUUCCAGAUUUCCAAAUACCGGCCAUGUUUUUCUCCACACCAUACAUUUAACGCAGAUGGCUUCUUCCUAAUAAGCCUGGGAACUGUAGUUCACCCUUUCCAGCGCUGCAAUCCACAACACCCAUGAUUCUUUAAGGAAAGCCAUUUGCUUUAAAUAUAUGGUGUGUGUAGAUGUUUCAUGUCUGCUUUGGAUCUAAGCCAAGUCUGGCGCUGGCCUGCACUUUGCCUGCUACAUCACACUAGUUCUUUCCAUUCCACCUUAUCUCUGCAUGUGCAGUGCAGGAUUCAGAAAUGCAUUAAAUGCUCUACCAAAUCAUCUGGACUGUACAAAGCAAAAGGAGUAUCUGAUGCAGUGGCUUUAGUAAAAACAACAUGUGUUAAGGGGGAUUUUAAAAUACUACAUGGCAAUGCAGUGCAAAUGGAUUUUGAUAUUGUCAUUUCAUUAUUCUUGUAGCUCCAGCUGAUGAUGAUCACUGGAGUAAAAGCAUAUUAUUGUUUUAUUUAAAAUAUCUACUUUUUAAAAACUUUUAUUAUUAAAAGGUAUACAAUGCAAUAUAGACAAUGGGCUUUUUAUGCAAGUCAUAUAAUCAAUUUAUUUAACUAAUUCCAGACUCUAAUAUUAGAAAUAUCUGAAAUUUAAAACCAGCCAUUUAUGGGCAGCAAGGCUAUUAAGUGAGCUUAUCUUAAACCAAGAGAGUUAAGGUGGUACUAGAUGUAAUUUCUUUAUAAAUCAUUUGCUGAACAGCAGCUUAAAUGCAUUCUAAUUAAGCGGUAUAUAAAUCGUCAAAACAAAAACAGAAUUAAGAUGACCCGAGUCUGUUUAAUAUGUUAUGAUGGGGAGGUAAGCCAAAUCAAGGAGAACAUCAUAGAUUCCCCAAAAGAAGCCAGGAGAUUUGGAAGACAAGUGAGAAUUCUAUUAAACAGCUUAGCUUGACUAAACUUUGGUUCCUAGAUUUGAACUGAUAAGCAUCUCCGACAACAAGAUAGCAUUUUUUAAAAACAACUGUGAUAUGCCGGUUUUGACCAGUUUCAUUAUGCAGUGCAGACCCUUCAACUCAUGCAUUGUCUUUGCCAAGUCCUAUGAGAGCUUAAAAAUGUUUCAGUGGUGUUUAAUAAUAUUUUUCUUAAAUUUGAGAGUUACUGCUCCAUUGAAGAGCUUAGGGGUUAAAAGGUAUGGUAUUUUGAAAUAGUUCUUAUGAUCUAUAAUUACCUAUGUAUAUUCCUAAGCACUUUUGUUUUUUGUUUUUUUUAUUCUAGGGGAAUUGAGUUUAGAAGAGUUCAUCAGCGGAGUGGAAAGCGAUGAAAAUCUCCUGGAAAUGAUUUCAAAGAGCUUUGACCUUUCCAAUGUACUGAAAAUUAUACAAAGUGGGCGAAGACACAGCGUCUGA